UAAGGAAGGCAGUUGUUCCGAGGACCGGCUCGGCUUUACUACUCUGUAUUAAAGUCUAUAUUGAAUUUACAAGUUCUUGUAAGAAGUGUUAUUCUUAAGACAAUUUUCCACGACAGGAGCGGAGAAAACUCUGGGAGCGUGGAACUUGAAUCUGCUAGUACCAGCCAUGCUCGCUCACCAGAUAAACAUUUGAAGAAGUUCUAACAGAAGAAAUUUGUGUUUUUGGCAGUAAUGCGCCAUAACGUUGGAUGCCAAUCGCCGAUAAACCCCACAGAAGAAGAGUGAUUGAUUGCUAAAUCUCGGUUGGAGAUAUGCGUUUACCGCUGAUCUGCGGUAUGUGAAAGAGAGGAGCGGCGCAGGCUUUCUAAUUAAACUCUUCAAUUCAACUUUUGAGGAUGGUGCCCCAUAUGCUUGAAAUGCAACCCAGCUCAAUGUGCUGGGACAACAUAGAUAACGCUUGUGAAAAUGCCAGAUCAAGAGAAUGGAGCGAUGGUGACGGAUACAGCCGCCAUAAUAUGGCUCACUGGGAAAGUGAUCCCCCAGCUGGUGAAAGGCAGUACCUCACCCAAAAGGAAAGCGAACACCAGUGGCUGAACCGUGAGGAUGAAGCUGCCAUGCGGGCCCACUACAACUCCCAGAGACAAAACUCUCAAAUGGACUUCCGUGGACAUCGGGCACAAGAGACCCAGACGCCUCCUCUGUAUCAUCAAGAACAUCACAGAAUGGCUCAGAGUCAGAACAUAAGGGAUUGGCCCAAUCUCUAUGGACCCUUGAGAGGCCAGGCACCCCCUAAUGUAAACUUACACCGCAGUGGAGAGAGAACAGAAACAUGGGCUAAGCAUGAACCCCACUUCCCCAGCAAUGACUUUUUAACCCCACUCAAUGUCGAAAGAGGGCAUGAGGAUAUUUCCCAUCACCAUAACACUGACCAGGAUUAUAUGUUUGGUUGGAUAGUGAAUCAUAACAAUCUCCAUUACUUGGAAAGCAAAUGGCAGAUGUUAGAUCCCACCCAUUCCAAUGGACAUGCUAAUGAACCUUCAAGGGGCAUUCUACUGAAUGCUCAAGGGGACGUUCUAGGGGUGGUUUCCGUGGAAAUUCUAGGGGUGGUUCUAGUGUACGUUCUAGAGGUAGUUCUAGUAGACGUUCUCGGGGUGGUUCUAGGGGUCGGUCUAGUGGACGUUCGAGGGGUGGGUCUAGUGGAUGUUCUAGGGCCUAUUCCAGCUGGUCACCCAGGCAGGUCUUCCAGGCUAAGCAUGUCAACCCUUCUCAAACUACGACAAACAGUUCUCCAGACAUUCAAAACGUCAACAUCAUUCUAACUGUUCCUGUGGUCAACAACAAACACAGUGAAACAACAU